AAUGUGCUGUUCACAGUCAGCAAUGAUUCGUUUUUCCCAUUACUGAAAGUUUCCAAUAACAGCUGAGUGAGUUUUGUUCAGCUAGUCAUGUGACCUCAACAUGGCUGCUUCCAUGUAAAAUAACAACCACUUUUACAGAGUGCAAGUCAGAUUCUAACUGCAAAAAUCCCAUUUAUUUUCACCAAAGGGUGAUUAAUUGAUUCUAUAUGCUUCUGAUGAAGACAACAGCCUGCAUUUUUAAACUUAUUCUCAAAUAAUAGUAUUCAGUAGUGAAAUUCCUGGUGAAGAACUACAUUACCCAUGAUACUCUCCACAAAUCAGGGAAUCAUGACAAGCAAAUUGACAACAACAUAUUUACAUUUGUAUUUAAAUUUACUAGCAGCUAACUACAAUAGUUUGGCAUUUAAAUAUAGUUACAUAGACAUAAUAUUGCUUUGGAUCAAAUAUUAUGAUGGCAUCUCUUCACAGAGUAAAAUGAAUAUUUGAGUGCUAUUAAAAUUUUGCCUGAAAUAUAGUUGAGGACUGGUUUGUUGGUUUUCAUCCGCAAGAUGUAAAAAAAAAAUGUUUUAUAUAUGUAUGUAUAGCCUGCAAAAAUACUCUGAACAAUGUCUAAAUUAAAUCGUAAAGAGUAAAAGCAUUAUACUGCCUAAGAAAUGUAAUCUAGUCAGAGCACGACUAGUUGGUUAUGAAAGAAUCCAGGUAAAGUACAAAAUCCCCACAAAAACACGUAAGAACAGGAGCAAAGUACAAGUACUUGACCGUGUAUUAAUCGAGACUGUUAUUAUCAGAGUUAAAGUGCGCGUUCCUGUUCCAGGGAAGGGUCGCUCCCAAAACGUGCUCGUCCCCGUGAGUCACGUGAUGACGUCCCACUUCGAGCUUCUCAAAGAUUUCCCAGUGAGCGCGAUUGGCGACAGUAAAGAUGGCGACGGAGCUUACAGUGUGUUCGAGUUCCCGGACAAGAUGACGACGAGAACAGUUGUAACUUUCGAGCCACGGCGUUGACAGUGCUCCCUUUAAAGGCCUUGCGACGGAACCUUGCGAACUUGCUGACUUUGGCGGUAGUUAAAAAAAAUCUAACGGACACGACACCGGCGCGCGGACAUAUCGUUGCUUUUGCCAUGGAGGAUAUCAACUCAAACAUAAACGCGGACUUGGAGGUGCGGAAGCUUCAAGAUUUAGUGAAGAAACUCGAGCAGCAGAACGAGCAGCUCCGGAGCCGAUCCAGUAUGUUCUCCUCGUCUUCUUCCGGUGGACUGUCAGGGAACACCAGACCCGUGAGCGCCGGCUAUGAGUGUCCGGGAGUGGCGGCGGGGCUCGCCGGGUUUACUGGGGUGGGGUUCGGCGGAUCGAGGGGUUACGGUGCGGUUUUGGAGAAUUCCCGGCGGAGUCCUAGACUGUCAUAUCACGGCAGCAGUUACGGAGGGGGCUAUGACAGUGAUAGCGCUUUUUGUGCCGCCUCGAACACUAGUCUAACGUCUUGUUACGAUUCGCUGGAUUUUAUUGAAGACGGAGAAACUUCAGUGCUGGACGAGGUGGAGAUUCUCGAUUUGGAGGACAUGGAUUGCCUGAACGAAGAGGAAGACAGCUGGUUGUACGAAGCAAAAUUGAAUAGCCCUCUGCAGAAAGCCUUGAGUCCAGUUGUGUGGUGCAGACAGGCUCUGGAUAACCCCAGUCCUGAUAUGGAGUCUGCCAAACGCUCGCUCUUACACCGACUCGACCUUACCAUGUCAGGUAACACACACUUUUCAUAUCUUCCACUGUUGUAUCACAAGUCUUUAUUCUGAACAUUCUCACAGGCCCCA